CUGGACCCAAACACAGUAAACAGACGCCUCUCUCUGUCUGAGGAGAACAGAAAGGUGACAGAUAGGAGAGAGAAGCAGCCGUAUCCUGAUCACACAGAGAGAUUUGAGGACUGGGGACAGGUGCUAUGUAGAGAGGGUCUGACUGGUCGCUGUUACUGGGAGGUAGAGUGGAGUGGAAGAAGGGUUGAUAUAGGAAUGACUUAUAAAGGAAUCAACAGGAGAGGAUGGGGUAAUGACUUUUGUCUUGGAUACAAUGACAAGUCCUGGACUCUUUUCUGCUAUGACAACAGUUACAUUGCCUGUCACAAUAAUAAUCCCAUUACCAUAGAUGUCCGCCCCUCCAGCUUCUACAGAGUAGGAGUAUAUCUGGACUGGCCAGCCGGCACUCUGUCCUUCUAUAGAGUCUCCUCUGACACACUGACCCACCUGUACACAUUCACCUCCACAUUCACUGAGCCCCUCUAUCCAGGGUUUAGGGUUUGGUAUGAAGACUCCUCAUUGUCCCUGUGUCAGGUGGUUCCAAUGUCAAACACAACAUGAUGUUUCACUCUAAUCAGGGUCAUGUUCAGUCAGACACACUGGAGCAACAAUGUAGAAUAUCUCUCUAGUGUGUUAACCCCUCUAUCCAGGGUGUUUGGUAUGAAUAUCUCUCUAGUGUGUUAACCCCUCUA